AUCCACAACGGACCUCAACCAGGAGCGACAGGAUGACACACAGAUUUAAUGGUACUGUGUCUGUAUGUGCUGGCAGAGGAAAGAAGACUGCUUGGAAACUUGGAAGUCUCUCCCAGAGGUGAAGGAUGGACGGUGGGUCUGGGACACACUUCUGCACAUUUGCAUCAUAGUUGUAGGUUGAUGCAUUAUGUAAGCAUACAGAACCAGCAGGCUCACUGCAGAAGAACUGAUCUGAUCUAUUUAAUGUUUUUACUCCACUUGAGGGCGACAUUAUCAGGUAGGAGGUUCAUCACCUCUGCACUGAGUUCAACCUUUCUGUCAAUACAAACUGCUGCAAGGAAGAGAACUUUUCUCACUCUGAAUGUUGAACAUCAGAGAGUUCCUCCUGUUGGUUUAAACCUUGUUGUAGAGAUGGAACUUUGGCUGUGGAUUAUUCUGGCUGCUCUUUUAUUAGAGUGUAAAGGAGAAGACAGAGUGAUCCAGCCAACAGAAGAUGUCUUUGCUUCUGAAGGAGACACAGUCACACUUGAUUGUAAAUUUGAGACAACUUACACAACCCCCUCUUUGUUCUGGUACAGACAAGAAAUGGGUGAUUUCCCAAAGUACCUGUGGAAAAGCUAUGCAGGACUGUCACAAAAUGCUCUUGGGAUCUCAGAAGACAGAUUUAAUGCAACAAUCAACGGGAAAUCAGUUCCUCUGAAGAUCCAGAAGCUUCAGCUGACUGACUCUGCUGUGUACUACUGUGCUCUGCAGCCCACAGUGACAGGAAACACCACAACUCUGUACAAAAACCUCUGGAGAGAAGACAACACAAUACUCCACAACAUCCACUAGAGGGAGUCACACACUGAUAAACUUUAGUUGUAUGUGUUGAUACAGU